AUGCUGAGCCCGAGGUCCCGCAGCCCGAGCGCUGACUCCGCGCCUUGCUGGUCACCACAGCCACCAGCAUCCAGCCCUGCCAAGCGCCGCCGCCUGCACCAGGAACCCGCGUGUCCGGAGUCCGUGGCUCAGUCGGAGCUGGAAGCGCCCGCCGAGCCAGACAGCAGCGAGCUCACCUCCGUGGUGAUCCUGGCCGCCGGCUGUGCCCUGCAGCUGCCCCUGGACGGUGUCGACCUGUUGCUGGAGCCAGAGCCCUCCUCGGUCCUGCAAGUGUCGCUCCAAGGACACACCAUUCUCCUGGUCCCCGAGGGACUCCAAGACUCCGUCCAUUUUGGACAGCCUGGGUUCUCGGCCUCCAGCCCACAGGGAGUCACUAUCCAGGACAUGCCCCAGGACCACAUCCUCCUCAGCCUGCAGCAGGAAACCUUCUGUGAGUACUUCUACCAAGAGGAUGUAUGUGAUGAGGAUGCAGACUUGGACUUCCUGGCGUCCUGGGCUAGGCCUCCAGAUGGUCAGGCCGAUGGGAGCCUUUCCUUCAACACAGGGGUGCCCAGUCCUUGGUCUCAGGACCAAGUCCCAGAGUCCUCCACUGGAGCAGAGCGAUAUUCUCCGAGGUUCAUCUGGGAACCGAACAGCUACCUGGUGGGAUCCUUCCCUGACUCGCCACUGCAGCCUCUGCCUCCAUCUCCUUCCCAGAGUCCCCAAGAGCAAGUUCCGCCACGCCCUCCAUGCUCUCCCCCUGCCACUUGCAAGGCCCGGAAGCGACUGCUCUAUGAAUGA